AUGUUUCAAGGACUUCCUGCAACUUGGGUUCCAGGGCGGCCUGGAUCAGAAAUGCAAUCAGGACAAGUAGAGCAAGCAGUAGAACUUGACGAAGUAGAUGCCCAUGGAGGAUCACUGGCUCCUAACAGGAGCGAUCGGAUCAUGAAAGAUAUUGAAAAUGAAUUGUAUGUAUUCUCUUCAUACGACAUCGCUCUGGCCUCCGAGUUUCACCUUGGCCUGCGAUUGAGCGUUAGCUAACCUCAUUCCCAGAUACAAUUGUCCUAUUUGCCAUGAUACCAUUACAACCGACAUAUCAGAGAUCUGGGCCUGCCAUUGCUGCUACCAAGCCUAUCAUCCUGGCUGUAUCUAUAAUUGGGCUAAAUCAUCCACUCGAUUACCACAUAUUGAACCCUGGCCAUGCCCUACCUGUAAGCAAUCACACGCUAGCUAUCCGGAACCCAGUUGCUGGUGCAGAAAACGUAAUAUGUCCAUGCUUGCUAUUACUGCAGGUAGUUGCGGCUAUCCUUGUUCAAAAGAACACCGUUGUGGUACUCGAACCAAUUGCGAAUCGUAUAAAUGUCUAUUAAAAUGUCAUCCUGGACCAUGUAUUAAAAAAGAAUGCACAGACAAGUGCGGGGAGGAACGUCCUUCCGCUCCAGUCGCACCACAGCCCACACUCCAGUACUCUGGUGUUCUUAAUAACAAUACAUAUGUUCCUCCAGAAGGAGAGUCAAUAAGAAAUAUAGCCGACAUCAGGAGAGAAAAUGGAAAUCGAAACGGAACAAAUUCCUUUGGCGCUCAUCCACGACGAGAUUACAGGUUCUUAGGAGUUAUCCACCGUGGCUAUUCAACCGACUAUCUCCUAUACGACCUCUGCGUCAUUUUUCCAGUCCUAAUUGGUUUCAAUAGCCUUGUCCUUUUUUGGUCUAAAACACGUCUUUCGCGAUACACAAUGCCUCUCGUGUACCAAAAAUUCACAGAGAGUAAGUUACGCAAUUUCGAGCAAACCUUCUGCAUCCUCUUUGCUAUUAUUCUCUUCGGAGUCAAUAUAAUUUUUUGGGGUUCAGCUAUCCUCAGAAUUUCUCAUUGUUUGAAAGUUAAGCUGGGUUUGAGUACAUCCCUCGUAGAAUGGACAUCGCCUGAUCUCCCUUGGAGACGUAUCAAGAUCGCAGCUUCUAAGCUUGUUUCUCUUUUAAUGUGGAUUGUAUUUUUUAUUCUUACUAUUUUUAUUCCCAUGGUGUAAGUUUUCUAUCUUCUCUUCCUUCUCUGUUAAUCGUAGGACUAACACACCUCCAGAUUUAUCAUCGGACCGGGACAUUUCUGGAAAUACAAAAUGGAUGGCACAUGUAAUGGCUUCGAUACACGCAUCCAGCUGUCGCAACCAUAUGCUCAGUACUUUGGUCUCGAAAACACAACACUAUCACGUAUGAGGUAUACCUCUUCUCAUUAUACGCAAACUCCAGGUCGAUAUACGUAUCCCUCAUCCGACGAUUACGAAUCCUACCCAUCUGGCAUCGACCUCUUCGAUAUCACCAAAGUAAAUGCAACAACAUCCAGCAACAACUCAUCCACAACGCUCAAACCCUUCAACGAAUACUGGCGCAUAAUGGGAAUUUACGGCGAUAAACCGCUCCAUCUAGAUUUCGAUCUUGAGCAUCACUCUUGGCGCAUGAGCAAAGGCAACAUCGUAAUCGACCCCGAAAAUCCCAGUUCCUCAUUCUACCCCGGUAGCCUAUACAAAAAAUUACUCCCACACCACUUUUCCAACCCCGAUCUCACAAAAGAUCUAACUCCCAAUUUCGAAACCACAAUACAAAACCUUACACAAGUACGUAAUGGAACAUGGACACUUACGCACGCCAAAGGACAAGAUACUCAAUUCCCGGAGUUAGGAUUAGUGAUACCGAAAUGGUGGUUAUUCGACAAACACUGCGCGUAUCAAAGUUUCAUGCGAGUAUUCAGGGAGAACAUCGGUGCGGGAGGCCGAAAUGAAGAUGGGAUUUUCAGGAAUUGGGAAAGGGAUAGUGUUAGGGAAGAGGUGAUGAGAACAGUGAGUUAUGGCUAUGGAGGGGGUAGUGGAUUGGAAGUUUGUGCGAGGAGGAAUGAAUAUACGUGGGGUACUAAAGGGGUGGAGGAAAGAGAAGAGGGAUUGGGAGAGGAUCUUUUGGUGCCGUUGGGUUUGAUGGCUGUGGUUAGGAAACGUAUGAGAGAUGAACAGAAGAGGGUGGAUUUUUGUCCUUGGCCUGAGCAUUGA